AUGCUUAUCAGUCCAUCGAGCGGUAUGCAGAGGCAUCAGCGCCAGCACCGGCGACAAAACUCUAUCCCAGUUGCUCUGGAGGCAGCCAAAGCACCACUCCUUCCAGCAGCAGCCAUGCAACGUUACUCAAUGCACAAACGAGGGAUGAGUCUGAACCAGCCUACUGCCAAUCUGCAGCCCAACCCUAUCUCAACAAGCCAAGGCCAAUAUACAAACGUUCUACGUGAGACGCAACAGCAACGAACGAGUCAACUCAACCAGCAGUCCUACUUUGACGAGUCUCAACAUCAAAUAAUAUCCAAUGCAGUCAAUACAGAUGGCCAACGACUUGACACCAGAGGCCUCAACGUUUAUACUAACCAAUAUAGCAAUGAAAAUUCCCCUAUAAAUGCUUGCAUGAACUCUGGCGGGCUGAACAUCAAGAACACCAAUACAAAGAGUCGCCGACUCAAGCCCGCCAUUCAGCCCAUCCAGCAUCAGCAACAGCAACAACAACCCGGCCAGGAAACUAUGAUCUUUGCCGAGCCUCAGCUGAUCGGGGACGGAACAUGGAAUCCCUAUCUAGUCAACCAAUCUAUGCUAGCUCAAAUGUACGAUCUACGGCGUGCGUCUGUUCAAUCGGAUAUAUCUCAGCAGUCCUACAUUCCAACAACACCACCGAAACAACUGCAGUCCAAUUACGUACCCAUCACCCCGGAUACUACACCGUUUCGCAGAGGUACAGAGUUUGCUCCAUUCUUGCAAAACGUACACACAUCACCUAUCAAGAAUAUAGCCUAUCAGACUCAGCCUGCUUAUAUGCAGAGAACUAAGUCACUUCAAGGAGUUCCAGGAAGCAAUUAUGCCGAGCCCAAGAUUGAUGCCCCUUCUCCCCCUAACACUGCCCCCGUUGACUAUGAUUGUUAUGAUUUGCUUACUUCACAGGAGAGUGAUUUCGAAAGUACAGAGUUUCAAGUCGUAUCCAAGAGCAUGUCUAUCAAAUCGGAGGAUCAGGAAACCUACAACACACAAAUUCUUUCCGCCACCCACUCAUUCCAGUCGUCGCCUGAGAUAGCAUACAUGCCGCUGCCUGCUCCAAGUCCAAUCAAGGCACCCAAAGUUCCCAUCAGCGCAGCCACUCCAUCUAAGCCAAGCUCGAUAAGGUCGAACAGUCCGCCAGCGGAUCUGUCGCCAAGCAAAACCAAACUGUCUCCCAAGGUUGCUUCUAUCGAUAGCUUGAAUCUUGAUGCCCGCGUCCAAGCUUCCAUCACCGAGACAGGUAUUAGCAUCGAUGAAAUCGCAGCUUACAUUUCCGGACCCGAUCCCAUUGACGGGAAAUGGGUCUGCAUUCACCCUGGCUGUGACAGGCGCUUUGGAAGAAAAGAAAACAUCAAGUCUCAUAUCCAGACACAUCUUGGUGAUCGGCAGUAUAAAUGUGACCAUUGCGACAAAUGCUUUGUUAGAGGACACGACCUGAAGCGACAUGCCAAGAUACAUACUGGUGAUAAGCCUUAUGAAUGUCUGUGUGGGAAUGUCUUUGCUCGACAUGAUGCCUUGACCCGUCAUCGUCAACGAGGUAUGUGUAUUGGAGGUUACAAAGGUGUCGUUCGAAAGACAACCAAGCGUGGUCGCCCCAAGAAGAGCCGCCCAGACAUGGAGGAGCGACAAGACAAAGCUGCGCGAACUCGUGAAAAGGUCUCCAAUAGCUCGGCUAGCAUGUCUGUGUCUAGCUCAGAUAGCUCAUGUAGCUCCCCGCCUUCAGAUGGAUUUGAGAGCAUGAGCAUCCAAGCAUCUAGUCCCUUGGAAGAUAUGGCCAUGUUUGAAUCGACAAACUACUGUUUACCAUCGGAGGUUUUCUCUUUCACACCCCCGGCGUCUCCAGGGUUCAGCACCGGCCAUAACUCUUCGCCAGGCCAGAGCUCCCGUUCUUACAGCCCAUUGAGUGAUAUCGGAUCAGUGUCUCGUACUUCCUCCCGACAUCCUCUUGAAGACAUUUCAGAAGAUAUCCCUGAUCUACCACCAAUCUCAGAGGCUGCGGGUUGCUUUGACCCAGAGCCAGAAAGCUCAGACCUUCCUUCGUCUUCGAUAGUGCCAGCCUUGACACACUCAACAGCCGGAUCCGAAAUUGAUAUCUUCAUCAACAACAAUUCAAGCUUCUCGGACUUUGGACACGAGUCAGGUAUCCCAAACGACAUGGAUAUGUUCUCUGGCAAAAACGAGAGCGAUUUCUUCUUGGACUUCAACGAUGGUAAUGCGACCGAUGUUUUCUUCUAA